CCCACACAUGGUUGAAUAGUUUGUUUAGAAAAAUGUGACAACUGUUUUUUUUCAGAUCAGCCUCUUUGAAGACGAAACAAGAAAUCAAAGCAAUUCUACUCCUAAUUUAUAGCAGUAAAACGAAAUCAAGAUUUCCAUUUUCUUCUUUCUUCUUCAUUUUUUGACUUAAAACCUAAAAGGGUCCUUCAAUAGUCCCCUAAAAGUCUCAUUUUGAUUCAAAUCUUACCAUUAUUGGAAUAAAGAAACAAUUUUUUUGCUGUUUAAAUGUCAUUUCUUGAAUACCCAAAUGGCUAUUUUGAUUCAAAUGAAGCAAUCUUUUGUUGUUUAGAUGUCUUUUCUUGAACACCCAAAUGGCUAUUUGAGUUUCAUUGUUACCAUUAUUGGAUAAAGAAUCAAUUUUUUUGCUGUUUAAAUGUCAUUUUAAGAGUACCCAAAUAGCCAAAUCUUACCUAUUUUUGAUAAAGAAAUAGUAUCUGUGUGUAAAUUUUUGUCGGUAUGGUAAUUUAUUUCCAAAUGGGUAGGAGAAAAUUGAAGUGGGGUUUGGCUGAUGAUGAAGAAAAUGUAUAGUGAUUGAUUUUGUCUUCUUUUUUGAACAAAUUGGAAGUUCUUUUUUUUAGCAAAUGGAGUCAAGAAUGGAUCAGUAUGAGAUUAUGGAACAGAUUGGUCGUGGAGCAUUUGGUGCUGCAAUUCUGGUGCAUCACAAGCAGGAGAGAAAGAAGUAUGUGCUAAAGAAGAUUCGUUUGGCUAGACAAACAGAAAGAUGCAGGAGAUCUGCUCAUCAAGAGAUGGCGUUAAUUGCACGGAUACAACACCCGUUUAUCGUAGAAUUCAAGGAAGCAUGGGUAGAAAAGGGUUGCUAUGUUUGCAUUGUUACUGGCUAUUGCGAAGGUGGCGAUAUGGCCGAACUGAUGAAGAAAGCAAAUGGACAAUAUUUUCCGGAAGAGAAACUUCUGAAGUGGUUCACUCAACUACUACUGGCAGUAGAAUAUCUGCAUUCAAAUUAUGUGCUGCACCGUGACCUUAAAUGCUCAAACAUCUUUCUCACCAAGGAACAAGAUGUUCGCCUUGGGGAUUUUGGGCUUGCUAAAACAUUGAAGGCAGAUGACUUGGCUUCUUCAGUAGUUGGAACGCCCAAUUACAUGUGCCCUGAACUUCUUGCUGACAUUCCUUAUGGUUUUAAAUCAGAUAUUUGGUCCCUAGGUUGCUGUAUGUAUGAAAUGGCUGCUUAUCGACCUGCAUUUAAAGCAUUUGACAUGGCGGGAUUGAUAAGCAAGAUUAACAGAUCAUCCAUUGGGCCUCUUCCAUCAUGUUAUUCUCCAUCCUUGAAAACACUUAUUAAAGGCAUGCUAAGAAAGAAUCCUGAGCAUCGUCCCAGUGCUUCCGAGCUCCUGAAGCACCCCUAUUUGCGGCCGUAUCUAGAGCAAUACCGACCAUCCUUUAUAACUCAUGUAGGAAACUAUCCUGAAAAACCUCUCACUACUGGCCGCGACUCAAGAAAGAAUAUGGCAGAAAGCCAAAGUAGUACAAGUUCCUGUAGUGAUAAAGAUAGUUUGAAGUCAAAGGAGAAAAACAUCCAAAGCAGGGCUUCCAAUUAUGAUUACAGGGGCACUGAUGUUGAUGUGGCAUUUGUUGACGAUGAUAUUGACUUUAGGCAACUUCAUUCCUUUGACGAAGAUACUGGAGAUGAUGCUUUUCCUGAAGAUACAGAUGACUUUGAAUUUAAGAACAUUAUUGAUGAUGAGAGGAGAUGUGAUGCAGAAGCUAAGCAACCUAGAGCAAUAAAAAAUAUUAUGCUGGCUGUGAAAGAAGGAAAAAUGAGAGAGCAUAGUUCCCCAAUGAGGGGCAACCGACCGAAGAUUGGUGCACAGAAAGCUAACGCUGAAGCACCACCAAAGGUCCCAAAACCAAGUUCAGUUGCUCCUUCUAAACCCAAUGCAGAGAUGCCAUCUCCCGGAUCAACAAAGGCUGGAUCUGAUUCCACCAAAAGGAAUCAUGGACUGCCUGCUCUAAAGCAUCAGUUACCUGUCAUCGAUUCCAGUCCCAGGACUAAACCUAGACAUGAGGGUAUCUCCUCGCCUGCUCCUUCAAAGCAUGUUGCUGAAGAUGGAAUUCCUGCAAAGCAAAGACUGCGAACACCUCCAAACUUUAGUAGACGGCCAUCAUUCCCCAGAAGGACAAAGCAAGUGGGGCAUGAUGCCUCAAAUACUCCUAACAAUAAUGUUAAGUCUGGUUCCAAUGACAAUUCUCCGUGUCUUGAAAGGACUCCUGAUUCUACGCCUGAUGGAUUCCAUACACAUGCUACAAAUAACUGUGUGCAACAUUCUCGAAGAGUUUCAUUUGGAGCUUCAAAAGAAACACAAGCAGAAAGUAGUGUUUCUGCUUGUUCUUCUGUGUCAAUUCAAGGAUUUGAACUCUGUGAUGAUGCAACAACUCCUUUUAUGAAUUUAACGGAGCAGAUGCUCCAAGGUCAUGAAAGAGCUACUGAAACUGAAACCACGAGAUCAAGGCCCUCUUGGUCUACCACUAACUCAUCUCACUCGGAGGUUGCUUUUAGUUUAGGGGAGGAAACCCAUGAUAAUAAGAAUUCUGAACCAUGCUCCAUCGAGAAGUAUGACGAGCAUCACAUUGUGGAUGUUGGUGCUUGCAAUCAGAAAUCAAUUUCGACUGUGGCCACUGAUAGUGCCUUCCCUUGCUCCAAAGAAAUGUCCGUCUUUGAAGAUCAUUCUACAGCUCGCAGACUUGAUGUUAUGACGGAUCUUUUGCCUCUAUCAGACCCCACUUCAACAUCUUCUGGGGACGAUAAGUUUAUGGUGAAGGUGUCAUCCUCAACAACAGAAAUAGCCUCACCCACUGCUCCCCCCGUUUCAUUCAGCCAAACUAGUCUACCAAACUCAGAUGUCACUUCAAAAUCUGAUGACGAUGACAAGUUUAUUACAAUGGAACUCUUGUGCACUCCCACUGAAAGUACUACUCCUUCACUCCCUCCUUUUUCACCUGCUCUAAAUAAUUUGUUGUCAGAGAAGGGAAUUGCUCCGAAAACUAUGGUUCUUGAAAAAACAGCUGCUUCUCAGCUUACACCAGCUUCUGAUGAUGUCAUACAUGUCAUUCGGCACAGUAGUUUCCGAGUGGGUAGUGAGCAAUCAGUGAUGGACUCGGUGGAUAGAAAUGUUGAUGUUGGGCAACCAAUAAGUGUGGUUAGAGAUGAAGUUGAUAAUAACAGUCGAGAUGCUGUUGGGGCUCCAAAUGCUUCUACUUCUGCUGGAUCAGUGAUUCUUAAUUCCAAUAUCCCUGAUGGUGUCCAUAAUAAGGAGAUUGAUGUAAGAAACCACAGCAUUCCUAUUUCAGCACAACGAUUAGAUUCUCCAGAACCAGUUGCAGAGGAGGAAAGGCCAAUGAAGGAAAUGUUAGAUGUCAAGUCUUUUAGACAGAGAGCAGAUGCACUUGAAGGUCUACUCGAACUAUCUGCUGACUUGCUGGAACAAGACAGAUUAGAAGAGCUUGCUGUUGUUCUUAAACCAUUCGGCAAGAACAAGGUCUCACCGAGGGAGACAGCUAUCUGGUUAGCCAAGAGUAUGAAAGGAAUGAUGCUUGAAGAUUCUGCGCGAAAUUCAUGAUCCAUUAUGCUUGUUCUACAGUGUUGCUCACUUGUUAUUAUUUUUUCUUUAUGUCAUUCAACUUCCUAUUGAAUUCGCGAAGAGAAAGCAGUUGAAGAGGUGCUUUAACUUCCCUUUUUCACAUUAGUAUUUAUGUAAUUCAUUCACUUCUGUAAUUGUAUAUAGAUAGAUAGAAACUUUGAAUAAAUCUUUGAUGUGCAAAAUGUAAGGAUGUUUUGAUAUUUGAUGGUGUGCAUUGUUACAUUUCUUGAGUAGCA